GCUUCCAGGAGAGCUUUGCUGUUGACAAGUUCUGCAGAUUCUGCUUGGCAAACAGUAGUGACGCUCAACAACAAGAGAUGGCUAUGCAGCAGAAGUUUACCACAAGGGUUAUAGUCACUGAGGGAGAUAUUAGAAAGAUGACCAUGGCAACAAGACCGGACACACUUGAAGAUUUGCUUAGCUGGCUCAAAGACUGUCUCCAAACAAAUUACAGCUUCGCCCUACAAUACCAAGAUCCAGAGUUUAAUAAUGAAUUCUGCAACCUCACACAUGUCUCAGAGCUUCCUGAGAAACCAACCAUCAAAAUAAUCCCGACGUUUGAGCUCGUCCCAGUCACCACAUCCCUCAACUUGUCUAGUGACUCAGUCAGCCUGGCAGACACCGAGAUCUUGUCUGUCUCUUCUGAAAGAAGCUCUCAGUGGCCAGAGGAGUUUGAAAUUCCCAAAUUUCCAGUAGAUGUCGAGUUUAGACUUCGCCAAGGUAACCUGCUGUAUUUCAAGGACGGAGUUUGUCUCAAGGUUACAAAAGAGCUGAAGCAUGCUAUCCUUGAAAAGUUGGCAGAAACCAUGUAUUCAUUCAAACCAUACCCAGCAAAGGAAGAAUUUGAAUCUGUUGCAAAAGCCUUGGUACAAGCACACCCUUGCCUUAAAGAACAAGGGUCAUCCAGUGGAUGGGAUGCAUGGAAAAAUAGUCUCCAGUUCAAAAUGGGAAACUACAGAACCAAAAUGCGACAGCUGGGCCGACUCGAUGUGUCUGUUAAUGGUGGUAAACGUGGAAGGUAUUCCACAAGUGAUGAACCUCCCAACAAAGCCAUUAAGAAGCCAAAGAAAGGGGAAAUAAAUUUCCUGCCUGAUUAUCCAGAAGGAAUGGAUGACCACAACCUGGAAGAAAAAAAAAACUGGGAUAAGAUUUUAUUGACCCAGUUAAAGCACUAAACAAAUUCUGUUAGUUCGACAAAGUCAAGAUAUGGUCAUGAAGAAGUGUUUUUGCAAUGUUAUUUUGCAACAGUUUUGUGAAUUCUUGUGUUAGUUUUUAGAUCUUUUGGUUUGCUUGUGACUGGUUCACAUUUCAGGGAUUUUUCUAAUGUUACCAGACUAAUGUAAGAAUGAAGAACUUCACUCAGCUAAAAUGUUGAAUUUUAAACAAAAGGAAACAAAAGGUUUUAUUGGCAAAACAAUGUUUAGUUUUAUAGAUAUAUGUAGCAUAAUUUUUACAAAGAUUUUUGUAUUCAGAAACAAAAUGAGUGAGUUUUACAAGAAAUAGUAUAGUUUUAAUAUUGACACUUAUUGUCUACUGCUGUGGAGGACUGAAACUGACAAAAUUAGAAAUAAAAGCAGUAUUAUAUAAAUUCACCAAUAAAUAAGUACAGUUAAAAAGCACCAAUUAAAUUAAAAGAACAUUAACUCAUAUUUUAUAACUUAAUUGACCUUCAUAUUUUGUACAGCUUAGUUC